AAGUUUCAACAAUGGUCAUCACGAUGUUUAAAAGUUAUUUGACGAUCGUCAAAAAGGCUUAAGCAAAAACCAUCGAAGAAGCUUCAACGCUAAGCAGAGAAUUUCAAUUUCUCUCUACUUUCCCAGUGUUUCUCGGUAGCGAGAGAGAGUUUAGUUAACUCUUCUAAUGAGCUGUUUUGGUUGGUGUGGGAGUGAUGAUUUUCGUAAAGCUGCUGACUCCGGACCGAUGCCACCGCACAACCAAGCAGGUUACAAUGGAGGCCAUUAUCAGAGAGCUGCUCCACCUAUGAACCAGCCAAGUGUUCCGAUGCAGCCUAUCUCUGUAUCAGCCAUUCCAGUGGAUGAACUGAGAGAUAUAACCGAUAACUACGGUUCAAAGGCAUUGAUCGGUGAGGGUUCGUAUGGAAGAGUGUUUUACGGUGUUCUUAAAAGCGGUAGGGAAGCUGCCAUCAAGAAACUUGACUCUAGUAAGCAGCCAGAUCAAGAAUUUCUUUCCCAGAUAUCGAUGGUUUCGAGAUUGCGACACGAAAAUGUCAUUGCUCUUAUUGGUUAUUGUGUUGAUGGCCCUCUACGUGUUCUUGCUUAUGAGUAUGCUCCUAACGGAUCUCUUCAUGAUGUUCUCCAUGGCCGAAAAGGUGUCAAAGGAGCACUGAGAGGUCCUGUGAUGACGUGGCAACAGAGAGUCAAAAUCGCUGUUGGUGCAGCCAGAGGACUCGAGUACUUGCAUGAGAAGGUGAACCCUCAGGUUAUCCACCGAGACAUCAAAUCCAGCAACGUGCUUCUGUUUGAUGAUGAUGUUGCCAAGGUUGCUGAUUUCGAUCUGUCUGAUCAAGCCCCUGACAUGGCUGCACGCCUUCACUCGACUCGUGUGCUAGGCACCUUCGGCUAUCACGCUCCAGAAUAUGCAAUGACAGGAACACUGAGCACAAAGAGCGAUGUGUACAGUUUUGGCGUUGUUCUGCUUGAGCUCCUGACGGGUCGUAAACCGGUCGAUCAUACCUUACCUCGUGGACAACAAAGUCUAGUGACAUGGGUAAUGUUUAGUGUAGUCUUCUCUGCUUCUGAUUCUGCUUUGCUUGUACUUACUGCAACCCCUAAACUAAGUGAAGACAAAGUGAAGCAAUGCGUUGAUGCAAGACUACUCGGAGAAUACCCUCCCAAAGCUGUUGCCAAGCUUGCUGCAGUGGCUGCACUCUGUGUGCAAUAUGAGGCAAAUUUUAGACCAAACAUGAGUAUAGUGGUGAAGGCACUUCAACCUCUCUUAAACCCUCCUCGCUCUGCUCCACAGACUCCACAUAGGAACCCUUAUUGAUCCACUUUAAACCCAAUCACACAUCUCAUCUCCUUCAUGAUGAUUAAUCAAUUGUGUAUUCUUACUGUUUCUGUAUUUGUGUAAAUCUAUGGGGUUCUUAUAUCUCAUUAACUCUUCAUUCAUGUCCCACUUUUUGAAGAGCUGUGUAUGUCUCUCUAUAUUAUAUUUGUAUUAUGUGAUUGUGAUGUAGUUUGCGAAUGGGAAGACAAAUAACCAAACCAAAUUUUGUUUGUUUGUUUAUCAUUAACUCAUUUGAUUUCACAAAACUCAUUAUUAAAAUAAUGGAAACAAAUGGUGUAAAUUCCU